AUGAUGGCGAGUCUUCCUACAACGUCAUCACCAAUUUAUUUAUUUGGUAUAAAUCUAUCCGGUCAUAGUCGAUUAGUACAAUUUUUAGCCACAUCGACUGCUGUACUUGUUUUUCAUGUACUGCAAGGAUAUAUUCAAGAAUUGAUUUUACAAUUAAAAUCAUUACGUGCUUAUCCGAAUUAUUUUACACUUGUCUAUUUCGUGUGUUUUACAUGUUUGGCAUAUCUCGAACGAUUGAUAUUUGAACGAACAAUUAAAAGACGAAAAGCACCUAUUCAUACAUAUGCUAUCAUUGCAUUGUUUACAAUUGCGACGAUGGGCUUAAGUAAUGCAGCUGUUAUGCGUCUCAAUUAUCCAACUCAUAUGAUGUUUAAAAGUUGUAAAUUAAUACCGGUCAUGAUUGGUAGUAUGAUGAUAUUAGGAAAACGUUAUAAUCUUUAUGAUGUACUUGCUUGCUUAUGUAUGACUAUUGGUUUGAUAUUUUUUACAUUAGCCGAUUCGCAAGUCCAACCUGAAUUUGAUCUAAUAGGCGUAUGGCUUGUUUGUUGUGCGUUGAUAGCUGAUGCUGUGAUUGGUAAUGUGCAAGAAAAAGCAUUGAAGGAAUAUAAACCAAGUAAUUCUGAAAUGAUACUUUUUUCAUAUUCGAUUGGUGCUCUUUAUUUACUUAUAUUCGACUUAACGUUUGGCUCAUUGAAUGAAGCCUUUUGGCUUUGGUGGGCAUAUCCAGUUAAGUCAUAUGUUUUUACUAUGAUUUAUGCAUUUGCUGGUUAUCUCGGUGUUAAUUGCGUACUUGAUCUAGUCCGACAUUUCGGCGCACUGAUAGCUGUUACGGUGACAACAUUUCGCAAGACAAUUACGAUUGUUCUGUCAUUUAUUGCUUUUACUAAACCGUUUACUUUUCAAUAUUUAUGGUCGGGUGCUAUUGUAGCUUUUGGAAUUUAUUUGAAUGCUCAUGGUCAAAAUCAAAAAUCAAUUGAGAAUUAUACUCGUUCAAUUUGUAAUCGUUUAUUAUUGAAAUUUCGCCGAAAAAAUGCAAACUAUCGAAAUCUUCCCGCAACAGUUUAA